AUGAAGGUAGGCGAGGUUGCCGAAAGGUACUAUUCGACGAUUGUGGGAGCGAUAAAGGAGCAGGAUCCAAACCACCUCAUUCUUAGCGAUAGAUACAACGGCAACAAGGGGAUCCCCGAAGCCGUGCUCCACGCGAUGUCAAAGUAUGUCGACGUCCUAUCUAUCCAGUACUUCGUAGAAGCGCCGACUCCGGUAGUAAUUAAGGACCCUUAUGAUGAACCAUAUACUGAGUUGACGAAUCAGAUGAGUGCUUUCAACAACUCGGCCAAGGAUAAGUGGCUGCAGCGAUAA